AUGCGAACGGCUCGAGCACUUGCACACAGGCUCGCAAAAGCACAGGCCGCCGGAGCCUGCCAUCUCCACCGUGGCAGUGCGCAUUCCAUCGACGACGCCCUGACCAGGUACCGAAUAAUGUCGAGACGGUGCUGCCGCGCGGCUGAUCGCAAGGGCCUGCAGGGCUCGCCAUCGGCGCACAACACACAAUUCGACGUCCGCAACGGCGGGUCCGCUCAGAGACAUGUGAGAACGGAAGCACAUUCUUGCAAAUCGUCGACGCGCUGCUCAAACGUGCAAGGCUCGACCAAGACACCGUGCUAUUCGCCACGAGAACGAGGGUUCAAGGACACCGAGCGCGCAUCCAAACUCGGCCCAAGCGUCCAGAGGCGUUCGGCUACCGGCAUGCUUUGGUUCUCCAGUCGGACCCGUACUCGUCUCGCCUUACUCUUCGCUGACUGCGCUUCGGCGUCCAAAUCAUCGGCGCGAACGGCAACGUACCACAAAAGCACGCACGCCUUUCCUGACGUGAGACAAGCCAAUCGAGACGGCGAAAAGAGCGAGUCCAGUAGGUGUGCUUUGGUGGUGCUCCUUGCAUUCGACAAUUGGUCCUUCAGUAGUCGGUCAUGUCGGUCCCGACGUGCCUCUCAGCGCACGCGAACGGGAUGGCGAUCGAUCUAUGAUGGUGCCGUCCCUUCGAUCAGUGGUUCCGCUCAAAGCAUCAAGGGGUCGUCGGUCGCUACAUUUUCGACUACUCCAGAUUUCCGCGGCGCUGCAGCGGAGACCCUGACGAUGUCCUUGGAAAAAAAAGGGCGGCCCGAAAUUGUGGCGACACGGGAGCCAGCAGCUCGCGUAGGCACCACUCGAAGCCCCUUGCGUGAAAUAUUGGCGGUUACCAGCGCAAAGGCCCCUUCGAGCACACUGCACGGCGCAGUGCAUGGUGCAGGAACGGCGGAAGCGCUUCGUCCUCCCUCCUUCUCUCUUUCUCGCACGCACUGGCCCUCACCGUGCAACCUCGUGCUCGCCAGGGCAGCGCUAGCCCUCCCGCACACCCUGCUCGCUGCUUUUCCGCCCCCGAGGAAGCUUCCAAAGCUCGGACCUGACGCCGCGCCGCAACUCCGCUGGCUUGGCACCCCUCCCGCCAACGCGGCUUUCGGACACGAUCGUCGCUUGUCUCGCUUGCUUAUGAUCUGCAUGAUCUUCUUUCCACUGAGACAGGCACUCGACGACGCCGCUGCCCGCUCGACGCCUUGUGCCUGUCUCUCUCGCGCCCUCCUCUCCACUCGUGCCGCAAACACUCUGGUGCCAGCCUGA